ACUGGUGUUUUGGGAAUGUCUUCGCUCUCUAUUAAACUCGCUGAGAUUUUCACAGAGGAGUCGGACAAUGAGAGAACGUUCUAUGGGUUUUCUGACAGUGAAAGCGAUAUAUGUGAUAAGGUUUGAUAUCAGUGUAUUUUUUUUAUUAAUUAUUUGCACCUGUUUACAAAUUAUCCAGUCACUGAGUUUGUGCUAUUUAAUCGGGUCCAUGUAAAAUCCUGAUUUACCCACAGCAAGUUACUUUAAUAAUAGGCCUAAUUUUAAAAUGUACUGUUUUAGAGGUAAUCGGAAGAAUCAGAUGUGUAUUUGUAUGGACCUCAUUCUCUUCCAGUGGUUCCAUAUGUAGAUCUAAUAUGGUGUCAAAAAACGUGAUAAUAUUCAAACAUACAGGUAUAUCUGGUUAUCAACUGUUAUUCUUAUGUCAUCUAUCUAUCUACCUAUCUUUCCACCAGAGUUCAGACAGUGGCAAUCCAGUGGAUAUCAAAGGCAGCCCACUGAAACAGCCUGCGCCCUAUCGCUUCACGUUACGGGUGGCACUGCGUCCCCGUAAGCCAGCCACACCAACCCCUCACUCCGGUGCAGAAGAGGAGAGGAAGGUGAAAGCUGAGCAGAAGAGAACAGUAACAUUUAAAGUAGAAGAGAAGCCGGUAACCAAAGCAACACAGCCUGUUAAACAACAGUCCGAUUCUGAUUCUGAGGCUGAUGAUCUACCACAGGUCGACUCCUUUCUGGCCAAGAGGGCCCAGAACAUCAAGGCUAACAAAGCUAUGGUAAACCUGCCUUUUUGAUAUUAACACACACAGUCCUGAGAGAUGACAAUCAAUCUGUCACGUUUAGCUGUACAACUAAUGCUGUGCUGUGUAUUCCUUGUUUUUAACUCCCGUCUCCUGCAGUUGGCUCAGUUGAUAGCAGACCUGCAUAAGAUGCCAGGAGCUGCCCUGCUGAAGGGUAACGGAGAAGGCAAUCUUAAAAAGGAGAAAGGCUCUGUGAGUUGAUUGCAUGAUUCUGGCUCACCAUGGAUGAGCAUCUCAACAUUUCACUGGGCUGGUUUAAAACCAGGGCAUGUUCAGUGUAUUCAUGUCCCUAGAGAGGAUGCAGUGGAGUGAGGGAGAUGGGGUGGGAGAGAUGUUCAACUUUCAACACCUUUUCUAUUGUUCAUCAUCGCUUCACCAGCUUUUCUAUUGGCCAGCGCAGCUUUCUCCAGGUUUUCUAUUGGCCAGUGAAGCUUCAUUGACCCUUGACCUCUUCCUAUUCCCCUGCAGCGAGCGCCCCACUCCAAGGGAGCAGCAGCGAAGUCCAGGAAGAACCCUAUGAGAUCCUCCCGGAGACAGACCCGCUCCAUGGGGGGAGCUGAGGGAUUGGAGGCCCACCAGGAGGAGAGAGAGCUGGAGCUCAGUCUGGAGGAGGAACUGCUGGAGGUUAACAAAUACCCUUUUCACACGAUCAUGCCGACCCAAACCAAACUGUACCACAACUACGGUGGAUGCCGUAACUAAGCUAGCUCAGUAUGUCUAGGUUAAGUUCAGCUUUGUGUGGCCCAGUAGGGUUAAAAAAAUAUAUAUAUAUAUAGAUUCACAUAGAAUUUUAAUGUAGAUUGUGAUUUGUAUAGAGAUUUAUUCUGGUAAUAGAUUCUCAAUGAGCGGCCUGUCUUCUGUUCCAGGUACGUGGUGAUCCGAGGCGGAGGGGUGCUCCACGUCCCAAACAGGCCAAACCUCACAACAUACGACCUGUGGGGGAGAUCACUGAGGACGAGCUACUCCAGGUGGCAGACCACACAACGGAGAAGGUGUACAACAGCGCCACAGUAAGUUAGGUCUCACCAAAGUCUAAGGGGUGUUGUGUUGUCUUGUGUACGAUGCAAUACAAUUUUGUUGACCAAUUUGCAUCAUUUAAUGUAUUUCUGCUGUCUGAUUCUCAGGGCUCAACAUGUCAUCAGUGUCGCCAAAAGACCACCGACACCAAGACGUGUUGCCGUAGCGAGGAGUGUCGUGGUGUAGCGGGACAGUUCUGUGGUCCGUGUCUGAGGAACCGAUAUGGAGAGGACGUGAGGAAAGCCCUGCUCGACCCGGUACGAACCCCGUCGCUUGUCUUAUACCCUUUUCACACUAUCGUGUCAACCUUAAAUCUUACUAUGCUGGCGCUGAUAUUUUAUUUUCUCAUAGUUCUUUCCCAACACGGUUCCAACGACUACGGUGGAUGCAUAACCAGGCCAGCACAGUUAAAGCUUGGUGUGGCCUGGCUCGGUUCAGCUCUGUUGUGUGAAAAAGCGCUAAUGAUUCAUCAACGUUUUAAAAGUCUUCAGGUUCCCUUAUCAGUAGGAUGUAGUCUACAGCACUGUGUUCAUGGCCACGUACAUUACCUGAACACAUGGUAGCAUGCACAUUAAUUAAUUAACAGGACCUUUGGGUGCCUAGUUGCCUGCAGCGACAACUCUCUCUAUGUUUAGAGCCUACUGCGGUCAUAGAGGUGGCGCUAUGAGGCAUUCAGACUCUCUAGGAGGAUAUGAAAGUCUUGAAGUAGAAUAUAUAUAUUUUUUAUUUUUUUCAUGUAACUGUUCUUGUUGUCCCCUGCUGCAGGACUGGCGGUGCCCACCGUGUCGUGGCAUAUGUAACUGCAGUUUCUGCCGUGCCAGAGACGGACGCUGCCCAACCGGAAUCCUGUUCCCUCUGGCUCAGUACCACGGCUUCUCUGAUGUCCACUCUUACCUCAGCAGGUCAGUCCGGGGGGGCUGUAUGUAUCUACCCUCUGAGUUGGAGUACUGAUCUAGGAUCAGUUAAGUUUGAUUGCAUGGGGGGGGGGGACCUGAACCUGAACCUGAACCUGAUCCUGAUCCUAGAACAGCACUCCUACUCUGAAACGCUUGAUACAUACGGCCCCUGAAAUUCAACAAAGCAACCUCUACUAUCUAGGACCUAGCCACUUGUAGUUUUGAAUAGCAAGGGUUUUUCUCCCUCAUUGUAUUGCAAUUAUGAAUCAUUAUGCUUGACACAUUUUUUUUUUCUUCUAGUCUUCGCAGUAAACUGAAAAAUGGGGAGGACUGA